AAGGAGCAGCAGAAGAAGGAGAGGCUCGUCUCGUUCACGUCAUUGCGAGGGAAUUUCGUGGUGGACGCAAAACAAAAAGACAAACAAAAAACUGCAAGAAGAAAGUGGUGCAGACCUCUGAAGACAAAAUGGUGUUGAACCCAGUCAUAUCCAAGCUGCAUGGAAAACUUGUUGUUUUGGCCAGUGCAUCUCCACGACGACAAGAGAUUUUGAUCAACGCAGGUUUACGGUUUGAAGUGGUGCCCUCUUGGUUUAAAGAGACUUUGGACAAAGCCUUGUUUAAAAUGCCCUCUGAAUACGCAGUCGAGACGGCAAAGCAAAAGGCCCUGGAAGUGGCUCGGAGGAUGCCACUUAACCACCUGAAAAAACCAGAUAUAGUGAUUGGGGCAGACACUGUGGUGACAGUGGAUGGUUUAAUUCUGGAGAAACCUGUGGAUAAGAAGGAUGCCUACUGCAUGCUGUCUAGAUUGAGUGGAAAAGAGCACAGUGUAUUUACAGGAGUGGUCAUAGUCCUCUGUCAUGAACGAGAGGGAAAUGAAACCGAGCACGAAGUGGUGGACUUUUAUGAGGAGACAAAGGUGAAGUUUGCAGAGCUGUCUGAGGAGAUACUUUGGGAAUACAUUAACAGUGGAGAGCCCAUGGACAAGGCUGGUGGUUAUGGGAUCCAGGCUUUGGGUGGCAUGUUUGUGGAAUAUGUGCAAGGAGAUUUUCUUAAUGUGGUGGGAUUCCCACUAAAUCACUUUUGCAGACAACUGGGAAAGAUUUACAACAGCUCGCUUGAAAGCCCCGCUCAUAAGAUAAAGUGCAAGGACGUGGCAGUAUGUGAUGGGCCGUGCACUUCUGUCAGCUGCCUGGAUGAAAAAACUGUGCAACCGGACAUCAGCAGCUUCAACCACUCUGACUUGGUGCACAAUGUGGUGGGACCUGAGGGUACCAAGAGCAACACUGAGGACUUCCCUCACAGCAUCGUAGAACUACUAGAUGGAUUUAAAGCUUCAAAGACUUUGUUCACAGCAUCCAAACUAGGUGUGUUUGAUGUUCUGAGUGACUCUGGCCUUACAGUGGAGGAAGUAGCCAGUCGAAUCAAUGCCUCUUUGCUGGGCACUGAAAGGUUACUGGAUGCUGCUGUAUCCUUAGGGCUCCUACAGAAGCUCAGAUGUGACGAUAAGUCUGUGUAUAGGAACACAGAGCAGGCCAGACAUUUCCUGGUAUCAGACAGCCCCCUGUCUCUGCAUGCAUACAUCCUGCACUGUAACGAUAUGAUCUGGCCGCUCUUCACCCACCUAGAGAGUGCUGUCAGGGAGGGCACAAAUCAGCACGAGAAGGCUCUUGGGACGAAGUCUGAAAAUGUGUUUCAGGAUGACUGUUUCAAAAAGGAAGUGAAAAUGCGCUUUAUGAAUGCCAUGCACAGCAUUGCUAAAAUGACUGGAAGAGAUGUGGCCAUAGCAUUUGAUCUGUCCCGCUUCAGAACAGCUUGCGAUGUUGGAGGCUGUACUGGUGCCAUGGCAUACGAGUUCACCAAAGCCCAUCCUGAACUUUCUGUAAUCGUUUUUGACUUGCCAGAAGUUAUUGAAAUGAGAAGUUGCUUCCAAUCUAAAGAACAAGAUAGCAGAGUGUCAUUUGUUGCAGGAGAUUUCUUCAAAGAUGACAUACCCAAAGCAGACCUCUAUAUCCUUGCACGAAUUCUCCAUGAUUGGUCUGAUGAGAAAGUACAUGAGCUGUUGAGUAAAAUUUCCAAGGCGUGCACUCCAGGCUGCGGUUUGCUGCUGUCUGAGAUUCUGCUGGAUGAGGAAAGGACCAGGCCGAGUCGAGCUCUGCUGCAGGCACUCAGCAUGACUGAAGGAAGGCAGAGGAGCGCUGUCGAAUACAGUAACUUAAUGAAGAAGCAUGGUUUCAGUCCUGUACAUACCCAAUACACAGAGAACCUCCUAGACGCCAUGCUUUUUGUGAAAGAUGAUCAAAGUUAGCCAGUUUGUUCCUCUGAAAAAUAUAAAAUGUACAAAACACUAGGAAUUUGUAUACUAUCUGGCAACUUUUAACUGUCCAGGAAUUUGUCAAUGAAACGUUCCAAGCUGUCUGUGGUGCACCUGUAAAUUAUAUUAAUUUCUGAAAGAUAUAAGAUCCAAUUGUUUUAAUAAAAGUGACCACCUACUAAAGUCUUA